AUGGCAGGCCCACAAUUGCGACGUCAGGACUUUCGCCUGCAUGACUACUGCAGUCAUGAGCAGCACAGCGGGUUCCUCCAACGCGAGGUUUUGAGCGGCCUGGUGCCCUCUAAUCUCAACAACGACGUCCACCCGGUAUUCGAUCGCACGAGAUUUUCCAUGGCCUUCGACUAUGAUAAGUUGAAGCCUACUCUCAUGUUGGCCUCGCAUUUCUUGGAGACUGCACUGCCAAUUUUUCACUCCAUCCUUUGCGGCAGACUUUCGCGAAUUGGCCAGGUCGGUAAGGCUAAGACUGACUGCUAUUCGUUUCCCGACCCUUUGACGAACCUCACUGAUUGCCAGAAGACAGCCACGUACCGGAGGAUUGAGGCCUUCUCUAUUCCAUUGCGCUUCUACCUCGAGACCACUGGCAACGCUACCUGGCAUGGACUCCCGGCGCCCGACAAGAACAGCUGUGAUACUCUGUCGACGGGCCUUGCUGGCUGCGCACCCAAGAUCUGGAUCUCCGGCUCGAACCUGUACGAUCCUCUCGUCGAGGCUCUGGCUGCCGAGGAUGAUAUCGUCCAACAACAGUACUGGUCCUUCAAGCUGGCCAUCACUCUCGUCCAUGAGCUCAGCCACGCUGCUGUCUUCGCUGCGACCACGGAUGCGAUAGACAAGUACGAGUACUUCCUUGGAGACCAUGGCAAGAGCACUGAGAUGGGUUUCGAGACAGAAGCUUGGCUUUUUGGUGGUGUCACGCCGAACCAUUCCGUCGAGACCGACUGCGGUACCUAUCAAUGCGCGGAGACUGGGAAGAUCAGUGAGUUCAACUACAUGAUCACAGCCCACGAGUACCACUGUCCUCUCAAAGCCAAAAGCUACCAACAGUCGUCAGUUCCAUACUUGUUGAGAGAGAAGGAUGGUAAAAAAACCGCAGCCACGUUUUGGAACACCUCUUUCCUGCACAUCCACCAGAUGUUCCAGGACGCCUUCUGGAAAGACGUCGUUCCAUUUCAAGGUCGGAAAGCACUCUUCUUCGAGCGCCACACGAGUCUGCAGUACGGACGAGAUGCUCAGAACGAGGUCGCCUCACUCUGGUCACAUGCGGUUGACUCAAUCGCCAUUCCGCAUGGGUACUACGCUGAUCGGAGGGGGCUGAUUCGGUGGAAGGUGGGUGAGACCAACGAAGUCGACCUCUCUAACCUGUCUAUUCGAGGGGAGAAGAUGUUUGCUGCAGAGAUGGGGAACGCUAAGCGGAAGCCCACAGAGGAUCUUGCUACAAAGACCGGAGAAGUGUGGAGGACGCUUCUUACAAAGGUUCGGGAGAAGUUUUUUGAUCAUGGAUGA